GCAUGUGUUGUAUUGCUGCAGAGACGCGCAUCAGAUCCGCUUUCACGCGCUUCAUCUGCAUUCACACGUUUAGCGGUCGAACCGGAGUCGGUCUUGCGUUUAUUUCCAGAUUCCUGCCAGCUUUGUUUCCGUCGGGUGCGCUCGUUUUGUUUUGUUUUUUAUCCUGACGGCUCCGAGACGCGAAAGCCGACGCGAUCUGCUAUGUGUCAUAGCGAAGAAAGGCAGUAAAUAAAGGCGACGCGUCCGUCUGCUGAAAGAGAGAGAGAGAGAGAGAGAGAGAGAGAGAGAGAGAGCAAGAUGGUGAUCGUGGCUUCUUUUCGGUUUUCCUCUAAAUGCUUGCAUGCGAUGGCCAUCCCCUCGAUCUCGCUCAAGCUCUGCCUGUGGGCUCUUUUAAUCGCCCAUCUUCCUUCGAGCUCCGUCCAGCUGGAAAGCGAUGAUGAUGAAGUGACAAACAAAACGUGGGUUCUGACCCCGAAAGUGUACGAGAGCGACGUCACACACAUUUUGAACAGCUUACUAGACGGCUACGAUAACAAGCUUCGACCAGACAUCGGAGUCAAACCAACCGUGAUCCACACAGACAUGUUUGUUAACAGUAUCGGUCCUGUGAAUGCCAUCAACAUGGAGUACACCAUCGACAUCUUCUUCGCCCAGACGUGGUACGACAGACGGCUGAAGUUCAACAGCACCAUGAAGGUCCUGCGUCUCAACAGCAACAUGGUGGGAAAAGGUCUGAAUCCGGCGUACACGCUUUUUUCCGUAAAGAUAUCUGUUCUGGUUCACACUUUAAGGUUGACCAUCGAUGCAGAGUGCCAGCUUAAACUGAAUAACUUUCCAAUGGAUGAGCAUUCAUGUCCCCUGGAGUUCUCAAGCUAUGGUUACCCCAAAGAGGAGAUCGUGUACAAGUGGAAGCGCAGCUCGGUGGAGGUCGGAGACAUCCGCUCUUGGCGUCUUUAUCAGUUCUCCUUCGUUGGCCUGAGAAACACCACAGAGGUUGUCCGGACUGUGUCAGGAGAUUAUGUGGUUCUGACCGUCUUCUUUGACUUAAGCAGAAGAAUGGGUUAUUUCACCAUCCAGACAUAUAUCCCCUGUACCUUGAUCGUUGUUCUGUCCUGGGUUUCAUUUUGGAUCAACAAGGAUGCUGUGCCAGCCAGAACUUCUCUGGGAAUCACAACUGUGCUUACCAUGACCACUUUGAGUACCAUUGCUAGGAAGUCCUUACCCAAAGUGUCAUACGUCACGGCUAUGGACCUCUUCGUAUCGGUGUGUUUCAUCUUUGUUUUCGCCGCUCUGAUUGAGUACGGAACGCUCCACUACUUUGUGAGCAACCGCAAGCCCAGCAAAAACAAAGACAAGAAGAAGAAAAAUCCUCUCCUGCGGCUCUUUUCCUCAAAGGCCCCCACCGUGGACAUCCGCCCGCGCUCGGCCACCGCCAUCCAGAUGAACAACGCCACCCACAUGCAGGAGCGGGACGAGGAGUACGGCUACGAGUGUCUGGACGGGAAGGACUGCACCAGCUUCUUCUGCUGCUUCGAGGACUGUCGCUCAGGAGCGUGGAGACACGGCCGCUUGCACAUCCGCAUCGCUAAGAUAGACUCUUACGCCCGCAUUUUCUUUCCUACCGCAUUCGGUCUAUUCAACGUAGUUUACUGGUUUUCCUAUCUCUAUCUUUAAAGUAGUUAGAAAAAAACUAGGCUGGCCUUAUUUUAUGUUACAGAUUCCAGCAAGACCCUUUCUUGGAAACGUGAACCCACUGAAAACGGUUGAGUCGCAUCGUGUUGUUGUUGUUUUUCCGGUCUACGUGGUGUUUUUUCGGGGUUUUUUUUCCAAAGCGCAUUUUAGGAUUUUUUCAUUUAAUUUUGUCUUUUUGUUUUUGUGCAUCUGUGUAACGUGGAAUUGUCGGUUCGUCUAUGUUUACAUCUUUUUUCUAGAAAGUAUAUCUUGUGCAUAAAGCAAAAGUUGUAGCAAAAAAAAAAACAAAAAAAAGAGAAAAAAAAAAGAACACAAAAAAAAGGGGCGGUCGGUGAAAACCUGCAUCUGUCAGAUUAUUCCUUUUAGCCCCUAAAGAGUAAGCGCUGAAGAGAUCCGGGGCAGCUUCUUGGGACGCAGGUAAAAGCAAUCAAUCAAACGUUAACAAACGUGUCAGAGGAUUUAUUUGUAUACGCUCUUAUUUGCUAUUAUUUGUGCGCUCUCGAGCGCAAACGUAAGAAUUGAAGUGUUCGAAAUUUCUAUGCCAUUCGUAACCUUGCGGUUUUUCAUGUGUGUUCACGGCUGGUAAAACGUACGGUCACCUGUACAAAUACUGUAAAUAGAUGAAUACUGUAUAAUGUAGUGAUACACAUCAUACUGCAUGCACCUUUUAGGCCAAAAAUUAGCAGAGUCUUCUAUUGUCAUCGAUGAAUAAAAAGCAAAAAAGGGUCAGGAAAGCAGUUCAGGCCACUAUUAGAUGUCAGUCAUUUAUACAGUAAAUGCACAAAGAUAUUGUUACAUGUAUAAAUAAGUACUGUAUUCAGUUUUUUGCAUCGUUUGGGUUCCCGUUCUUGAAUAUAUAUACACCCCAAUUAGUCCUGCUCCCCUUUCACUCGCUGGGGUCAGUAUUCUCAUAAUACAUACCCCGUUUUAUUAUUAUUGCUGAUAUUUGUUUAGUUCGGGCCAUUGUUGUAUUUUAUUUAAACUAAGAUCGUUUACCAGCACCGUCUUGUAACAGAAUGCUGUCGAACAAAACGUCUAGAUGCAUUUUUAGUUUUCGGUUCGUGUGUUCAUUUAUGGCGUAAUAAUAAUAAACUGGGCUCAGACGUAGGAGGAGGGUCACCAUUGCACUCGAUGCUAUACAUUUCAGUAGACUAAAACUUCUUUCAGUGAAUUUAGUAAAUACUCUGUAGAUGGAUAUGUUAACGUGUGUGUUACUCCGCUUCGGUUUCGUUGCAUUUAGCAGAUGACAUGCAUGCAUGUGAUAACUAUUACCUUUAGAUAGAACAUUAACAUGCAUACAUAGGAACCAUACGACAAACCGUCAGUACUAAAACCUAACAUAUGCAAGCACAACCGACUUUCUAUUUUAACGACCCAUCGACUUUUCAGAAAUCUCAGCCCAGGUUCGUAACUAUGCCUGUGAGGACUGAGAGGUGUUUGGUGUCAUCACAGAAAAAAACACCGAAACCAAUGCAACUAAAACACUGUGGACAACAAAAUCGGAGACUUUGCCAAAGUACGAUAAUCAGACGCGUAGAUAGUUUCGUUGCAGUUAAAACCGACGCUUUUUGUUUUUUCGUCCAAAAAACGUUCAACCGUUCGGUAGCAAAAAGGACACGCUUGUGGUUGCAUCAGUACAACGUCAUCUAGACCUGCAUAGAGUUUGAUUUCCGGUCCCUAUGCAUUAACCUUCCACGGGCAUACGGUACGCUUUUGCAUUUUGUGGCUAUGUAUGCAUCUUGAUAUUUUUGCAUCAUACACGUGAGCAUGGUUAACGUUUGAUUUGUUUAUACUCGUAUUAAAAUUAGAUCCUCUUUUGAGAAAUAUGGAGUCUACUAUCAGCCCUGUGUAGAAUCAGUUUGUGUGCCACCUCCACUAUAAUAAUCUCAGCUGAAGCUCCGUGGCGUUCUGUUUCGAGUAGUUUCUCUGGAUGUUUGUCCAUCACCUGUCUGUUCUUUACUGUAGGACACUUGGAUGUGGUAGCAAUAGAAACUGUGUGAAUGUGGAUCGCUUCGGUGCCAAACUAUCCACCAUUUUGCUUUCUGCCACUGCUUUCGGUUUUCACACCCAACAGAAACGCUUUAUCCGUUUCGCUUUUAUACGAAACGCAAAUUGGACACACUGCUAGCGUGACGUAGAAUUAGCAGCCGAGUGUCAAGUGCAACCUUAAGUGAAAUGAAAAGCCCUUUUGUCUGCAUUGUGCUGAAGUCGAGAGAAAUGUGUUUGUUAAACCUUUAAUACUCGUCAUCGGUCGGAGAGCUGCAGUUAGAAAAG